AUGCCAACCACUACAUUACCAACCGCUAGAUCCCAACAAUCUGGAACUAAACCAACAAACAACAAUUCAGUUAAUCCUUCUAUAAAAAGAACUAUAUGGCGACCUUUCGUGUCUGCUAUAUCAAAAAAAUCUGUGGAUGCUGCUUCAAAAACAAAUCAUAAAUCUGAUACUUCUAAUACCAACCAUCAUUUAAAUAAUAAUGAAAAGACAAAACGUCAAUUUCAUGAUUCAAAAUUAGACCUUUCUAAACCUGGAAAAAAUCUUUCUUCCAAUAAAGUUGUUUGUUCGAGGUCAAACUCUUGUUCUAGUAUAUCGUCUUGUAACUCCUGUGCUACUAAUAAUACCGAUAAUACUUCUCCUUCGUCAACCUCAAAUUCUCUCCGGUCCCUGGAAAUGAUGAUUGAUGAUGAUAAUAACAAUCCUGAAAUUUGGGUGGAAGAAAUAACCGAAAAAAGCUUUGCUACCAUUUCAAAUAAGUCUCCUCAACUUGAUAACCUUAUGAAUAAUGUUGUUGAUUCAAAUUCAUCUAGGUUAAAUGAUAAUAGUCAGUGUGAGACUUUACCACAACCUUGUACUCGUAAAUCAUCAGCAAUUAAAAAUAUACAACGUAGGAUAAGCAAGAAAAAAGAUUCCGAAAAAAGUCAAGAUAACGUUUCUACUACCAACAAUUGCAACAAACUUAUGAUUCGAACUUUAAGCCUUUUAAAAUAUGAAAUCGAUGAAAAAAAAAUUAAAGAUUCUCCAAAAAGCUCUUCUGGUCGAUGUUCUCGGUCAAAAUCAUUUAAUGAAUUAAUAUAUAAAGAAGUUGGUGAAGAUUCUAUUAAAGAUUCAUCAAAGAAAUUUAAUUUUCGUAAAAAACGUGGUUCAGUGGAUUCUAGGCCUGUAUCUUCCCCUCCUGAUUCAUCUUUAAAGAGAAUCAUAGACACUUCAAGUUCUGAUUUCAAUAAUAUUACUUUUGUAACCGAUACAAGUGAUAUUACGAUAUGUGAAUCUCCUAUCACUACUGAUUCUCCAUCGAUUCCUAUUUCACAACAUAAAAGGUGCUCUUCAAAUAAUGAUUUAAAUGUUAAUAGUGAUAUUAGACGUAGUUGGACUCAUAUAGAAGUACAUCUUAGAGGCUUAUUAUUUUCAAGAAAGCGUGCUCUUGAUGCAAAACGUCGAAAUUCUUAUGCUUAUACUAAUUCACUAAAAACAAAUCAACAACUUGUUGCUGAAUCUGAAAUUCGUAUUCAUCUUCAUAAAAAUAGAAAUUCUAAUGUGAGUGUUGAUGAAGAUACUGUUGUAGUAAAAGAUCCACCGACUUUAGCUUUACCUGCAGAUAUAUUUGCUCUUCAAGCGGAUGCCGAAAAAGAAACUGAUGUUGCGACUAGAUCAAGUCAAAUGAGAAAAUUUAUUGCUUGUGAAAUUUAUUCAACUGAACAAAGUUAUUUAGAACAUUUAAAAAAACUUAAAAAGAUAUUUAUGGAUCCAUUCAUCGAUGCUGCUCAACAGUCUAAUCCAUUAGUUAAUCCUGAUGACAUUAAGGCAAUCUUUGCUCAUGUAGAUGAUCUUAUACAAUUGUCUACUUUAAUUGUAGAAGAUCUUGAAAGUAGUAUGGAUCCAUGGCAAGAAUCUGAAUCCAUGGUUGGCGAAGUAUUUUUAAAAUACAGCCAUUAUUUUGAAGCAUUAUUAUUAUAUGCAGAAAAUCAUCAACAAAGUAGGUCGGCAAUUAAACGUGCUAAUGAAAACGUUUUAUAUCGAAAGAUUUUACAAUCACAGAGCAAACAAGAUACAAAUCGUCUCAUCCUUUCUGAUUAUAUGAUAAUGCCAAUACAACGUGUUACGAGAUAUUGCCUCUUACUUCAAGAGCUAAAGAGAUAUACACCAGAGUUCCAUAUGGAUUAUGACGAUUUAUGUCAUUCCGUAGAUAAUAUGAAAACUCUUGCUCUUCAAUGCGAUAAAGCUAUUCAACGACCGUGA